UAGUGAGAAGGGUAAAUAUAUAUUUUUUCAUUAACGACAAGAGUAUAUUUGUACCUAAAGUAUGACUGAGGAUAAAUUUGUAUCAUUUAUCAAUGUUUAGUAAUAUAUAUGUACCUUUUCAUUAACGGCAAGAAUAUAUAUUUGUAUCAUUUAUUAAAGUUUAGGAUAAUAUAUUUAUCUUUUUAUUAAUAACAAGAGUAUAUUUAUAUAUUUAUACGAAAGUAUAACGGGGUAUAUCUAUAUGAUUUAUUAAAAUUCAAGGUAUGUUGCACCUUUUCCCUUAUUUAAAUACAUACUUGGAUGACUAUUUUGUAACCUUGUCUCAAACUUACCAAAGCCGCCAAUGGAAUAAGCAGCCGAUACUAACCACAUACACCAUCGAAGAAAAAAAAACACUUCGGUAAGUCAAUUCAUUAUUUUCACUAAUUUAUUUUCGGUUUAGUUCUGUUAACUAAUAAUUUGUAAUUUAUCAUUUUAUUACUACUAAUAAUAAUAAUCCAGUUUUACACCUGAACAAUGCAAUUUUAAUUCAAUAUUGAGUUUUUAAUGAUCUUAAAAUUAACCCAAUACGAAGAUAUGUGUAAAACCAUGUAUAAUUCCUAAUUGGUAUAAUACAUAAACAGACCCGAAACUUAGGCAUCUAGAUACUUCAACGUUAGUUAGGGUUUUUGACCUGAUUUUUUUAUUAUAUUUUUUAUUUUUUAGAAGGAAAAUAAAAGUAGCAUAAUUACUUUUAGUUUUACUGAAGCAAAAAAAAAUAUAAUUCUUUUUUAUAUUUGGCUAACCUCUCUCUGGGUAAGAAAGGUUUUGAUCUUCUCAUACCAUAACAUAAUAGUAUUCACAGUGUAGUCAUUUAAAGAGUCUCGUUUAGGGGAGAUUUUUUCCCAAUAGUAUUUUCUCCUAAUAGUUUUUAAUGUUUUUUGAUAUUAGUUUCAAUAUGUAGGUCACUUGACCAAAUUACAUCAAUAAUAUGUUAUUUAGUAUGUUUUUCUUUGUCGUCUGACCCCACUAUGUAGGUCGUUUGAGAUUGAUGAAUUGCGACUAGGGGUUAAUGAUAAGCUGGAGAUUUGAAGAGAAACCCCGGAGUCUAAAGGUUUCCAGUUGAGUAGGACUAAGACGAAGUACUUGGAGUGCAAGUUUAAUGACUCGAGACUUGAGGAACAGGUGGUAGUAAAGUUGGAUUCUCAGGCGGUUUGCAUGAUGGAUAGUUUUAAGUAUCUUGGGUCUACGAUUCAGGGGAAUGGAGAGAGAUGUGGAUGUCUCUCACCGUAUUGGGGCAAGUUGGUUGAAAUAGAGGCUCGUUUCAGGAAUUUUAUGCGACAAGAAGGUGCCUCCAAGAUUAAAGGCAAAUUUUGUAGAGUUGUAGUCCGGCCUACUAUAUUGUAAGAAGCGGAGUGUUGGCUGGUUAAGAAUUCUCAUGUACAAAAGUUGAAGGUGGCGGAAAUGAGAAUGUUGCAUUGGAUGUGUGGAUUCAAAAGGGCAGACAAGGUUAGGAAUGAAAUUGUUCGGGAGAAGGUGGGAGUUGUAUCAGUGGAGGAUAAAAUGCGGGAAGUGAGGUUGAGAUGGUUUGGUCAUGUGAUGAGGAGGGGCACAGAUGUCUCAGUUCGUAGGUAUAAGAGGUUGGCCUUAGAAGGUUUCAAGCGGGGUAGGGGUAGACCAAAGAAAUACUGGAGAGAAGUGAUUAGAAGUGAUAUGGAGCAGUUACAGCUGACUGAGGAUAUGACCCUGGAUAAGAAGAUAUGAAGGAAAAACAUUAGGAUAGAGGGCUAAGGGUGUGGUUCAGUUGUAGUCAGUAGGUAGGGGAUUUGUGGUGUUCUUUGUUUGGCAAGGUACUUUUUGUGGAUGUCGUAUCUAUGUUAUUUUAUCAUGUUCUAUGCUUUUGAUGUUUUUUGUAUACUGCCUCUUAUACUGCCUUUUAUCUUGAGCCGGGGGUCUAUCGGAAACAGCCUCUCUACCUCGUUAGAGGUAUGGACUGCGUACACUCUACCCUCCCCAAAUCCCACUACGUGGGAAUAUACUGGGUUUGUUGUUGUUGUUUUCUUUGUCGUCUGAAUUAUCACUACGAUAGUUUGCAACUAAUAGCUUCCGCAUGACGCCUUCUCGAUUUCGAACCCAACAUUUAUUGUGUCAUUUGAAUACUCCAACUAACAAAAUAAUCAUCGACACACCUCCAGGGGCGGAUGCAUGUAGUCCUUGUCGGGUGCUUGAGCACCCACUGACCCCGAUAUAUAGUAAAAUCGGUUAUGACACCCAUAAACAAAAGUGAAUGUUGGGUGCUUUGGCUUUGGUGUGGAACUUAAGCACCUUGAUGCCUGAAGAAGUAGCGUCAGUUCGAUUCUUGGUAGCAACACACUUUUUUUCCUUAAAAAAAGUAAGCACCCACAAUCUUGGAUCCGCCCCUGCACACCUCCAAAUUUUAUGUGUCAUGUCAGCAUUUGAUGUGACAAGACACAUGGAGUUGGAGUGUUUAGUUGCCAGUUGAGAUUAAGCUGAGGUGUCUAGAUAUGCACUCUCGAAGUUAGAUUACUUAAUCAAGUAAGAGUGUUUGUUAUGUAUUAUGCCUUCCUAAUUUGGUUCCAAAGGAACGAAGGCGUGUGAAUAUAUGGUUAAACACGAACUCUUAUUGAUAAUUGUUGGUCCCUGCAACUCAUUUUUCCAUAGAGAAAAGCUCAUUUUUUCAGUUAUAGUUAUCAGUUGAUAAUUAUCUAGCAGUGUGUUAUCCUAUCUUGUUAUAUGCUUGUGUUUUUUGUUUGUUAUACUGUUAUGUGUCUAAGCCAGGGGGUCUAUCGGAACAACCUCUCUACUUCAUUUGAGGUAGUGGUAUGGCCUGCGUACAUUUUAACCUCCCAGACCCCACUUUGUGGGAAUACACUGGUAUGGAUAUAGCUCAUUGUCACCUUGAUGGAAAUGCUGAUGCUGUGGAGUUUUGUCCACACGAAUCUUUUGACAACAUUCUAGCUGCCUGCACGUAUACUUUACAAGAAGGAGAUCAACCUCGUAGAACCGGUAGUAUAUCGCUUUUUGAUGUUGAUGCUGAUUCCAGUCGGCUUAGUUUGAUACAUAGAGUACAAACAGCCGGCAUUUUUGAUAUAAAAUGGAGCCCAUUUGGGGCAACUGUUGGUCCACUACUUGCUCAAGCUGGUGCUGACGGUUAUGUUAGAGUUCACAAACUUGAAUCUUGUUCCGAUGAAUCACAAGUUCCUGGGAAUAGUUUACUGGAGGUAAGCGAUGAACAAGUCAGUUCCUCUAUGUGCUUGUGUAUAGACUGGAAUCCAUCAGCUACAUCCCUCGCCGUGGGGCUUUCAGAUGGAUCAGUCUCGAUAAUUUCAUUCCUUGAGUCUCAACUGAGCAUUUCCAGAGACUGGAAAGCGCAUGACUUUGAACUUUGGGCUGCCUCUUUUGAUAUCCAGCAACCACAGCUGGUGUACACAGGUUCAGAUGACUGCAAAUUUAGUUGCUGGGAUAUGCGAGAUGAGCCCAACUUUGCAUUCCAAAACAGAAAAGCUCACACAAUGGGGAUUUGCUGCAUUACUAAGAGUCCAAGUGACCCUUAUACCUUACUCACUGGGAGCUAUGACGAACAUCUAAGGGUAUGGGAUGUAAGAUCAAUCGCAAAACCUGUACAUGAGACGUCAAUCUCCUUGGGUGGAGGGGUUUGGAGAAUUAAGUAUCAUCCUUCUGUACCGGACCUGGUCUUGACCGCUUGUAUGCACAAUGGAUUUGCAGUUGUCAAAGUUAAAGACGAUAAAGCUGAAGUACUUGAAACCUAUAACAAACAUGGUUCCCUGGCAUAUGGAGCAGAUUGGCAAAGAGGAUGUUUAGGGAGGAAGAAUAAUGUCAUUGCUACUUGUUCAUUUUAUGACCGGCUUCUUCGUGUAUGGAAGCCAGAAGGCGAUAUUCAAGAAUGACCCUAUGUUCUAGGUAGAAUAUGACCCUGAGGUCACGGGUUCAAACCUUGGAAACAGCCUCUGGCAGAAAUGCAAAGAUAAGACUGCGUACAAUACACUCUUGUGGUGGGGCCCUUCCUUAGACCCUACGCAUAGUGGGAGCUUUAGUGCACCGGGUUGCCCUUUAGCCGGCCAAACGAUUAGGAUCUUCAGUUUACUCUACUACAACUGUCAUUUUGAAACUUUUAUAAAAGGUAUUCCGGUACAAGCUCCUUCUACCUAUACCCUAUACCGCAGUUGAAGCACCUAAAGGGGAAUUUGGUGUCUUAUGUUGUAGCAUUGUUUUUAGUUUGAGAUGAGAAUAGAUACAUAGUUUCUUAA